GUCGUUAUUUAACUCUAAAACGGGCGACACGUGUAACUGUCGUGCCGUAAGUUCUAUACAUUUAAUUAUAUUGUUUUUUAAGUUUAUAAUUAAGUUUUGCUUUUAAUCGGACGGCUCUUGUAGUAGCCGUACCGUACAGUACUGUAUAUUAAAUAAUUAUUUUGUUAAUGUUAAGCAUUUAAGUCGCUUAGUUAUGUUAUGUCACGGCAGGCCUACAGUAUAGCAGAGCCGAUGAUAAUAUUGUGUUUAAGUUAAUAAUAAUAAAUAGUUUUGUUAUUUGAUUGCUGUCUUGUGUUGCUUAUUGCCGAGUGUUUAGAUGCCGACGGUUGGGAUACCGAUUGGCCAACAUCUGAGUUCCCCUAACAAGCAGUUCAAACCUCUCCAUUAUAACCCACUGGGGGUUCGGGAGUGACAAAAUACAUCCGCGUCGGUGUCGACGACAAGAACGAGACUUUGCCAUACAUUGAUAGGGACGACAUCACUGAAGAUGAUAUCGACGACUCAACCACUACUAUCGCAUCCACUUUAGAGUCCAAUAAUCCAAACCUAGUAUAUAUGCGAAGUAGUAGCGGUGAUGCCAACCAUACAUUUCCCGAAAUAUCAACUUUUGCUGCAAAUACCACUUUGAAUGGUAUGAGUCGAUCACAUGUCUCAACAUUACCACCGAAGGAACUUCAAGAAUUUAUCCGACGGCGAUAUGGUCUUCAAAAGCAGCCGUCAAUCGGUGAUAUUUGGCUCAACACAAGCACAGGUGUAUCCCCAACACAACCAACCAAACAACAGCAGCAAAUACCGGCCAAUUCAUUGACAAUCAAAACAUCACUCAAUGAUUAUAAAUAUCGUGUCGUUUCCAAAGACAGUAAUAAUAAUACAUUAAGUUAUUCGAGAUUUCAUUUCAGUGACGACCAGAAUAUAGAUCGUCAGAGUCGUAGUCGUAGUCGUAGUCGACCGACAUUUGAGAUCAAAAUCAUCGAAGAAGACGAUAAAGAUCUACCAAAAAGACUUUUACAGGUGACAGUCAGUGAUGAUAAAUAUCAGCUCAAAGAUGUCAUUUACACAUUUAAUGGCGACGGAGUGGACCUCAAAAAUCAGACCCGAAGUAAAUUUGCCAUAAAUUCAACGUCCGGUGAGAUCUAUGCCUUGUGUGCAUUGGACAGGGAUCAGCCAUUUGGUAAACCUCAAUGGAAACUAUCUGUUUAUGCCAAAGAUGCCCAAAAUAGCCAAUUAGUCGGUUUUGCCGAUGUUAUUGUCAAUUUGAAAGAUAUUAAUGACAAUCCACCUGUUUUUAUACACAAACACUUUUGGGCUAAUGUUACUGAAAAUUCAACGGCUGGACAAUACAUCACCAAAAUAUCAGCUACAGAUGCUGACGAUCCAUAUGAAGGAAAUAAUGCAAAGAUUACUUAUAAUAUUAAAGAUAAUCAGGUGAACGAAAGAGGGGAACUCAUAUUUGGUAUCGACUCCAAUACCGGUGUCAUUACAACUGAAGUUUGUUGUCUCGACAGAGAAUUGCACUCUCAGUACAAAAUCAAAGUCAUUGCCAGCGAUGGCGAAGGACUUAAGGCGACAACAACUGUGACCAUAACAGUGAACGACGUCAACGAUAUGUCUCCAAAGUUUACAAAACACGAGUGGUUUGCAGAUAUCGAUGAGAUUUAUAUCAAUAAUACAAACGUCGAGUCAAUGCAAUCACAAAUGCCUAUACUUAUAGUGACUGUUAUUGAUUUGGAUUUGUUUGAAACAAAUAACUUUUCGUUUAAAAUAAUUAAAAACAAUGCAUUCAGUGAUCACUUUUCAUUGACGGCCAAUACCGACGACUUUGCCAAUAGUAUAGCCAGUGCUUCACUAAAAGUGAUCAAAACUCUGGACUACGAGGAUAUCAAUCAAAGAGAUAUCAAUUUGACGAUUGGUGUCAGUGAUAUCGGACCUGAUUUUACUAAUGCAUAUCAUACUGACUAUUGUGUGGUUUACAUCAGAUUACGUGAUAUCAACGAUAAUUAUCAACAAUUUGUUAAUGAUAUCAACCAUCACAUACCGUGCCGUAUGACUGAGGCAUCAAAACUGUGUGCCUGUCCUCACAACAGCAACAAUACUGAAUGCAGUCAAACAAACAGUAAUUUUAUUUCUAAUUUCAGCACAAUUGCCAUCUCUGCCAUCAUUUUUUGUUUGCUUAACAUUCCUCUUAUCAUAGCAUUGGUAUUGUAUUACAUACGAUAUAAAAGAAAAGUUAGACGAAAUCUUAAUAGAAAUCAUAUCGACAAUAAUGAUGAAAGUUAUGGAUUUCUAGGUAAUGGCAAUAUUGCCUAUGAAAUGGAUGAAAAAACAAGUACUGGUGCUAUUAGUUGUGAUUGUAAUAAUAAAAUUGAUAAUAAGUUAAUUACAAAAAGGGUUCACAUGGAUCCCAAUUCUGUGAUUAUUAAUUUCAAUGAUUAUGAACCGGAAAUGCAGAAAAAUUUGUUUAGUCCUCAACAACAUAUUGGUACUGAAGAAUUGGCAGACAUUAUCCGCGAUCACAUCGAGAGAAUCGAUCUUCAAAUGGAUGAACCCAUUGAUAACGUAUGCAUUUAUGCGGUCGAAGGCAGUGAAAACAAUACCGUUUGUUCCCUCAGCUCAUUAUCAUCGCUGUCAUCAAAUCAAUAUAACAUUGUUUAUACUAUUGCUGGCAAUAAUAAUAAUAAAGGCUCUGAUAUUACCAAUAAUGUUAGACAACAAUAUUCAGUGUAAAUAUCAUUAAGUCGAU